CAGGACGUGGGUGAUGGGCGUAAAAUGUAAAGCGGACAUCGAGAGCGGACUCAAUGCGUAUGACGCUGAUCACAUCUACAGCUGGAUUUUGUAGUUAUUGUGAAUAAAGUGUCGAGGAUGAAGCCACUUGCGAUCCUUUGUCUGGCUCUCGUUACUCAUUUAAGUUUAUUUGAAGGUACAGGUAAGUUUAUAAAUUAGUCGACGUUGACGUGUUUGUCUGUUUAUUUUUUCAUUUGGUUUCCUCCAGAUUCAAGGGGGCGCAAAUAAAAAAUUUUACAUGGUAGAGAUUUGAGGAUAAUCCUACGUAUGCUGUUUUAUGUGCUAUUCUCUAUAGAUUCUAGAGGUCUCGAUCAUGGGAAUUUUCUCCAGCAACUUCGAAAAUACGAAUUUGUCACUCCUCAGCUCCACGCUCACGGUCGGUGGAAGAGAGAUACAUCAACGCAAACUAAUUCGGUGAGUGAUGAGCCAAUACCGUAUUCCGAUAUUCACUCUGUCUGUGCGAUUUCUCAGCUCUUUCCUCUUACGGUCGUUUAUUUUGCUUCGAUGAAUCGAAUUUUCUUUUGCGGACACAUUGCAUGCAUCUGUAAGAAUUGGUUUGUUAAUUGACGGCACCAUGCAGUUUUUAAUGAAAAACAAUAUGUUAAACUUACUCUUCGUUUAGGGUGAUCAUUUGGGAAGAACACUUUUGUACUUAAGGGGAUUUGGCAAAGACUUCACCUUGGACGUCGCCCUAAACCGGUAAGUCGGGCGCUAAAACUGCCUCAUUCAUUCGAACAGAGUUUUGGUGAGACAUUCCGCCUGACUGUACGACUUUAUCAUCAUACAGUAUUAUUCCUGUUUCUCCAGAAUUCUGCUCUCUGGCACUUAUUUGUCAAGGUAUUUCGAUGAAAAUGGAAACGAAAUUGUUGAAAAAAACGAGGUAAGCUUAUAUAUUUUUGUUUUUAAUGAAGCCUUAUUUUUCUUGGUUACCUGUCUUUGCUCAAGAGACAAUCUUCUUGCAUUUUGUUUGUCAAAAAUUGAUAAUCGGUCAAUGUCCAAUAUUUGCAUUUCAUUAUUCUCAGCCUAAUUAUUUGCUCUCGUAAGUUACUUUGGUUAUUUAUUUAUUUUGUUACUUUUUUUGCUGCUCGAAGAAAGGAAAGUUCUUUUAUGACCGAGAACCACGUACAAUGAUAUUGUCCUUGUGUGUUGCUGGAGACUUCCGUUUGGCAUCUAAUCGGCUGAUGACAGCCAUGACAUUCGAGAACGGCCACAAUCAAUAAAAAUAGAUCGUGUUACCGCCAUUGCGAAAGUGGCCACUUUUUUAAUUAUAACUACAGAUUUUAUUCUCUUUGGACGCAUAUUAUCUGGUUUGAUCUUCAUAUCCAAUUUUACUUCCUCUUUGUCUUCAUAAUGUUGUUAUGUUUCGAAGCCUAGAGAGGGAAUCUCCCUUUGUGACAUUCAAUCUAGUUUUGGUGGUGCCAUAUUUCACGAACCUUUUUAGGUUAAAAAUAAUAAUGAAGGAUCUAUAGAUACUGUAUCUAGUUUCUGACAGACAUGACGUAUUAGCUGGCAUGGUGCUAAUACAUGAACCUACUUCCUCUCAACUUGUGAUCAGGCGGAAAACAGGUUUUGUAUUUUUCCAAGGUCAUUUUCCCUCCUUAUUUACAUCUUAAGUAUAGAGGGAGGAUGCAAUAUUGACAACUUUUAUAAUUUAAUUUCUGAUGGAAAUUUCCUUUAAUUUUUUAAACACUGGGACAUGUAGGCGUGAUAGAAAGGUCACAUUAUUGUUACAAUGUUACUAUAUACAGCAAUAUGCUGGUAAUUAAUGUGAAACAAAGGCACCUGAUAACAAAAGCAUUUACUUUAAUUGGAAGUUUUUUUUUUCAAAACCUUUUUUUAAAAAUUAUAAGUAACACACAUUGUUAUUCAUUCAAAAUACUUCUAUGUUUCUGAUUGGCUUAAAUUCCCCGCCUGUAAUUUUUCAUAGCCAGCCAGUGCUUACUUUGGAAGAUGUUGGCAAUAUUAUGCCAUAUCAAUUCAAUAAGUUAUUACCCUACAUAAAAUUGAAACCUUGUUUCCAGUCAGCAGCACAGAAAACCUAACUAUUUUGGUGUGAGUGAAUUCAACAAAACAGCAAAAAGGUUCAUGGCUAUCUGAACACAUUAUGGUGAAUGACUUACUAAAACUGUCAGGGAAAAAUAUGUGUUUCAUAUAAGACUGUGCUGAGAAACAGGCGAAUGUUUGGAAGAAAGUUUACGACUGAGUCAAGGGUGUUAAAAACUUCAAAAUAUUUUGAAUGAAUAAUAAAGCAAUAUUAUUGAAUUCAGCUAUUAUUGAUUAUUAUAUUCGCUUUCCUUUUAUUUAUAUCCUAAACUUGGGGUUGGUGAGGGUGGGUACUUGUGUAUAAUAGUGACAGGGAGGUGAAAGGAUGAGCCCAUUAAUACCAAAAAAAGCCCUAUUAGGCUUAAACCAGGGCCAAAAUGUCCAACAGCUCAGAGUUUCCAUGCCAAAGAAAUAUCCUUUUGUUUGCUGCAUGAAAAAUCAAAUAAAAAUAUAAAUAUAAAUAUGGUCCAUAAAAAUGAGAAAAUGGGUCGUGCUUUUUGUCAAACACCAUAAAGUCUGUUGACCCCAAAAAAGUGCGGCUGCAAAUAAAUUUUUUGCCACCCCCAAAAAUCCUUGUAUCACAAAGUUCAAACAAUAAUUCUUUGAAAUUCGAGAUACAAGGAGAGGUGUCAGGCGCAAUAAUAUUAUUGGGCCUGAUACCUCUCUAUUGCUAUUAUACCUGAGUAACUUCAUCUGGAUCCUGAGUCUACAGAAUAACAUUAAAUUGGAUGCUUAUUUUAAGCCUCAUUUCAACAAAAAUAAAUUCAAAGGAAAAAUUAAAAUCAAGUCUUGUAAAAACAUGGUGAAUGAAUAAAACUGUUUACCAUCUAAUUUCCACUUAGUACUUUUUUCCUGACUUAUUUUUGACAAACUAUAGCCAAGAAGACCAAUGUUACGUGCACAUUGUGCAUGUCCAUGGUCCAGUUUUUAUUAUUUAGAUGGCAUUUUUUGGGGUUGUGACAGUUGGUUUGCCAUUUCAUGGUUUUGUUUUCUUUGGAUAGUCACUAACCGUUUAAGUUCCAAGAUGAUAAACAUCAAUUUCCUUCUGACAUUUUCAAUUUACAAAACCAAGAGUAAAGGUUAUGAGAAUUAAGAAAUGAUCACCAAAAGAAAAAUGCUCUGAUCUUUUAUCUAAUUCUCCUAACUAAUUCUAUAAGGAAAUGUAUACAGAUCAGUUAGAAGAUUUACAACUAUAUAUGGCAAUAUUUUAGAUCAAACAUCUUCAAACAACUAAAGUGGAACUCCGCCUUACGGCCACCUUGGUAGUAUGGUCACCUCGGUAAUACGGCCACUUUUUUUGGCCCAGCAAAACCGCCAUACAUUGGUGACCAUACUUAAUGGGUACCUCUGUAUUGAUUUAACAGCAGCUCAAACAAGUACCCGUAUGUUUUUUCACUGUAGCAAAGAAUAGUGGAGUUUUCCCCUCUGUAUGGCUUGGCAUCAAGGACUUUAAGGUCAUCUUGUUGUCAGGUAGCUGGUUUCAGGCAAAGAAUAUUGUUUAAAAAACUGUGUAAGUGAUAAAAUGUAAUUGUCUUUUGUAGGAAAAAGACCAUUGCUACUAUCAAGGAACAGUUCAAGGAUGUCAGCAUUCAGUUGUUGCAAUUAGUACAUGUCAAGGAAUUGAGUAAGUGGUUUUAGUUACAUUUUUUUUUUCAUUUGCCAUUGAAAACACAAUCCUACUAGUCAUCUCCAAUUAGUAAGAAUUGCCCUGCUUUUUAAAGUUUCAAAACAUAAUAUUAAAUAUUUGGAACAUUUCAAUACAGUUGACUCCUGAUAACUUGAACCUUCGAGGAAGUCAAAAAAAGUGCAAGUUAUCAGGAGUUCGAGUUAUUGAGAACUCGUAGCAAAUAACUAGAAAUAACGCAAAAAAAUGGUUUUCAAAACAAUCCCAUUUAAUUGUGGUGCUGACUGGUAAGGCAGUUAACCUUGACCAUCAAAAAUUAAUAAGUUUGAUUAAUAUCCAGGGACCCAUGACAAUGUAAUUGAAGUGGACUGACAAAAAAGUAAAGGCAAAGGAAACAUGGUUUCUUUGAAGCAAAUUCAAUGUUUCAGAUUGCAAUACACUUUUUUUGAAACUUAAUUUUGCCCCAUGCUCAAAACAUGGUUCAAGUUAUGGAGGCUAAAAUUAUAUAGAAAUGAUCUGAAGGGUAACAAAAGUUACUUCGAAUAAGUGGGAAGCUCAAGUUAUUUACAUACUGAGGCAAAAAUUACAGGAAAUCUAUGCAGGAAAUUCAGGGGAAAUUGACUUUGGUUGACUAUAUUUUUUUACAAAAAAGGUAAUAUUUAUAAAUCCAUGUAGCCAGCCUAUAGCUAAGGGCUUGUGUGUAGGCUACAUUUCGUCUUAAACCUAAGGGUCAGAUCAAACGUCAAACUUUUCAUGUACCAAAUGUAACACCUAUUUAGGUCGACCCAACAGUAUAAGUCUGAUGGUUGAUUCAGAGGUUGAACUUAAUAAGUGGGACUCAAUUCUUUUUUACUAUGUACUGUUCUGGUCUACAAUGCUUACCAGGGAAAAUAAAUUAUAAUAAUUUAUGCUUACCAGUGAAAAUAAAUUAUAAUAAUUUAUGCAUUAGGUUUGGUACAUGAGGAGGUCGGCAUUUGAAAUGCCAAGUCGUUCCACAGUCAAAAUUCCCAUGUGGGCCACUCGAUCUUAAUUCAUGAGACUUGACCCAAAUUAGAUAUUUGGGACUUAAAUGGUUCAAUUUCUUCAUGUACUUAGUUGAGGGGAUUAGGUUCUUUACUUGAAAAGUUCAAUUUUUCAACUGGGCAUAAGGGUCAAUUUUGAACUGUACUUUACUGUUUCACAUUUCAGUGGGAUGAUUUAUGAUGGUAAUGAGACAUAUUAUGUCCAUCCACUUCCCAACAACACCGAUAAGGUAAAUGUCACGCAGUUCAUGAAUAUCAUAUCAAUUUCAUUGAUCUUUGGUUCAGUUUUUUUUUUUCUUUUAAAGUUUAUGCUCAUUAACGAAAGGCAUCUAUAUUGGAGAAGCGCAACACUGGACUGCUCUUGGGGAAGGGUACUCCUAGCCUGCGAGCAAGCGCUCAGGGGCACUCUGUCAGUGGGCCGAAAAAGAGGGAGAGCUUGCAGUCAGGUUUCAAGCAUUCCUGACACAUGCAAGCUCUCUUCCUUUUUUGCCCUACUGCAAGAGCACCCCAGAGAACCUGCUUACAGGCUAGGGCAUUCCCUGUGAUAGCCUUGUGGCGAGCUUUUCAGGUUUCAAAAAUACGAAGUGGUAGGAAUUUCAUGACUUUGUUAAAGGGUACAGAAAUCUGCCACUUGAAUAUUUAAAGGCCUUUAAUUUUAAAUAUUUCCAACAGACACACCCUAUAGCUGUAUAAUUUUAAUUUAUUAAAUGCUACAUAUUAUGAUUCUUGAAAAAAGACUUACUGUUAGUAGGUAUGAGAAAGGGGCGCCAAUUUUUCAAUGGAAGGUAUAUUAAAGGGAUACCUUUUUCAUCAGAAGUGGUAUAUGAAAGGGUAAGGGGUUGGACCUUGGGGUGGAACCUCCGCCAGGCUGGACUGUCGGUUGUAAGCAAGGUAGCAUCUAAGGUCAUCUAAUUGUGAUGAGUAAAUCAUAGAAGAGCAAAAUUGAACAAGAAAUGCCGUUUAACAAUCCAUUGUUCUCCACACACAUUUCUCCUUUUCUUGCCUCAACAUUUCUCUGUUCAUUUGUCAGAUAUUGGCUCUGUCUUCGUCCGCACUCCUUUCCUGUACUUCAGUUUAUUCAUAUGGUAUUACUGUUGUCUUCUAACCAGUAUAACCACUUUUCCAUACAUCUGUAGGUUACUUGUAGCCUGUUCACGACCUCUUAUUUCCUCUUUAGAGAUGUGUAUGAAAAUAAUGUGGAGGGGACUUAUUCAUCAUUUACGUAAGGUGGUGUGGGUGCCCACACUUUGUGCUCACAAAAUUCUUGGGGAAAAAAUGUGUGUGGACUUGUAGGCUAGUUCAUUUGAAUGGACUAUUAGUUUUGUGUGCUUAACCAGCUUUUUUCUAUAUUUCAGUUCGAAUAACUUUUAGAGUCCUCAAGUAAAGUAGAAUAAUGGAAUAAAUUAUCCCAUGUUUAUUGAAUUUUGGUGACUCUAAUCCACAGCAUGUUAUGUACAGAGCAAGGGAUAUGAUGCAGGAAAAGAAGAGAUGUGGUGCGUCAAAUUUGUUUUUAUUAGUAUUAAUAAUAAUAAUAAUAAUAUUAUUAUUAUUAUUAUUAUUAUUAUUAUUAUUAUUAUAUUGUUGUUAUGUUUUUUUAAUCAGUCACAAACUUGGACAAAAAUGUUAUGAAAAGUGGAUGUUGCCAUGCUUAGUUUCAAGAUAAAGCUCUUGAAAGCACUUGGCAACUACAAAUACUCCCCUUUCCCCUAAAAAAACAAUGUUGAAGUCUAGCUGGAUCAUUUCUGACCCUGCCUGAACAACAUUGACCAGGCUGGGGUGAGGGGAGGGGCCGUAGUGGUACCAAAUCUGCGGAAUAGCUGUUCUUUGGGUGAGGAAGUGCAGAAUUCUUAACACUUUUUGACCAAGAUUGUAGCUUUUUGUGUUUUUAUUUCGUCAGAACCAACUUUUGAAAGUAUUGUAAAUAUUGUUACAAUGUACCUGUUUCUUUUCAGUCUUGUGUAUUGAACCUUAUAUUAUUUCAUGCAGGAGUUGAAAGUGCUAGUUCUGAAACUUUUGUGGAUCAGCUUACUGCUCAUGGAAAGCAAAGGGUGAGUUUAAUGCCGGAUAAAGGGCUAAGAGCCCCUCUGUUUUAUAACAAUACUGGUGCAUAUUGUUUUCAUCUUUUCUGCAAAAAGAAAAAUGUGGCUGAGAAAAUUGUGAGGUCAACUUAUAGCAAGUCUAUUUAAGAACCUGUUAGGCUAAAAUUUAUUUGCCUGUUACAUGUAUGCCCCAUUUAUACAAAAACCUGUUUAGCCUAAAAUUGAAACAGGUUCUAAUUCUCUAAAAUCUAUAAACAAAAUUAUGUACACGUAGGCAGACAUUCAGGAUCCCUUUUGGAGACGUAGGUGCCUUAUCAGUCCAACCACAGUGUUUUUCUAUGCAGAUUUUAUAUAAAGAAUAAGCUGAAUACCACUUAAUACUCUGACCUACAAUGUAUUUUUUUUCCUUCAGAAAAUAAGAACCUAUUUAGAAACCUCAAUAGCCUAAAUUUGUGCUAAUUACCAUUAUAUGAUCAGAACCUGUUUAGGCUAACUUAGCAAAAUGCACGUUCUUGUACGAGCAGUCACUAGCAUAGUAACUAAUGUUUUUGGUACAAUAAAAGGAUCGAUCAGAAUAUAGGGUGCGUUUCUUUCUUGUAGACUCGUAGAAGUGUGCAAAGUGAAACCAAGUUUGUGGAGUUGGUCAUAGUCAAUGAUAACAGCCAGGUGAGUCAUGUGGCAGGGAACAAACUGCGAUAUUUUAUGUGCUUAUUACUCAAAGACCAGGGACUCGUUUCUCGAAAGACCCGGAAACGUUUCGGGCCCGAAGGCAAACUUUAAAACUCAAACCUGUUGAAUAGUUGCACAGUUCCUAGGCCACAGUCAAUUUUGCUUCGGAACGGAUAGUUUCAUUUUAUUAUUUUCAAAAUUAUUAAAACUUUGAUCUUGAAUACAAACAUAACAAACCCAAAACAGCUUUCUGGGCCCGAAAAGUUAUCCGGACUUUCGAGAAACGGGCCCCAGAUCUGUGAUCCCCGUUUUGAUUUUUCAACUUAUCCCGAUGAAAUAUCAUUUGCAAAGUUUGAAAAACUCAUUAUAGUAGAUUCAGAGCCAGUCCAUUUAUCUGUAGUUUACUAGAGUUCAGCAAUUGUUGCUGAACCUACAAGGAACGACCUCCUUCGGACAGCCCGAAGCCCGGUCAAAGGCCGAAGCCGCGGGAGACGAAACGGCGCUUGUGACUUGAGCGAUACCGGAAACCGUGCAUAAAAAGGUUUCUGGCACCCCGGGCGUUGCUUCUUAGAUUCAGUAAUGCUUCUACGUUAGGCAGAUCCCUAUAGUUACAGUUUUAUUUAGUUUGCCCCGUCAACCAUGCAGACAACGUGAUAUGACUGACAUAAUCAGACUAGAAAAAAUUUGGUCCUCGUUACAUAGCAUAUUUUUCUGUUUCAUUAGUAUGUGGAACUGAGUAAGAACAAGGCUUCAGUGGAACAUCGGUCAAGGAGUAUAGCCAAUAUUGUGGACUCUGUAAGUAUGAUAGUGAGUGUUGUCUUUAGGGAGCUUAAGCAACGACGACGGAGGCGGAAACACGAACGGCAACAAAGCAAUCGGUUUAGAUUUGCAAAACAGCAUCUCUGCGCGUGCAUCAUGCUUUUUUGUACAUUGCUUAGCCCAUGGAUAAUAGACACACGACUACAAAAAUGUGAAAAGGCCUACGUCUGCUUUGGAAAAUGAAAAUCCAGAUUGCAGUUUUUUUGUGAAAAGAGGCCCAGCACCUUCUGGCCGGAUCCAUUUCUUUCGUUAAAACGGUGCGGUCUAAAGAAUCAGCAAACCGAAAGGCGACUGGAGAGGCAUCGUGGAUCGUGGAUGUGCGCAUGUACGCUUAAAAUAUUUCUCAGUGAGAGAGACGCCGGCGUACGAGGACUGAACAGAAGAAUCAAAAGUAAAGCGUUGUUUGGUCAGGCAUCAACCAAAACGGUAACCGGUCAAGUCAUCUCGAAAGUCAUCUCACCCGAAGUUAUGUCGCCCGAAAUUUUGAGUUAAGUCGCGACUUAUCAGGGGCACCCAACGUUAAUUUUCGGAAAAUAUCUGUUCGGAAGACGAUUUGAGAUCUAGAAUUUUCGGAACAUUUGUUGUAAACUUCUUGCUUGCCUGCCUCUCCUAGGAUUUUCGAACAUCUAGAAAAUGGUAUAAUUGCCCAUUUUUGACGGAUUUUAACCCUAAAAAGGUCACCUAGAAUUUUCGGAUCACUAGACUUUCAGCAAGGAAAUCCAAACAGAUGAAAAGUUUUUAGGGGAUAAAAAUAUGCCUAUAUCUACCGUUUAAAUACUAAAAUACGUUUAACAAUGCUAUGUUUAUGUGGUUUUGAACUAUAUUCUCGUUGGGUGCGCCUGACUUAUAUCUGGUUUCGAGCGACAUAACUUCAUACAAGAUGACUGUUGGGCGACUUGACCAUAAACAUUUUCAAAACGUGUUUAUGUUAUUCCCUUUCAGCUUUAUCGUCCUCUCAAUAUUCGCAUUGCGUUGACGAUGGUUGAGGUUUGGACCAAUGGUGAUCGAAUUGUUGUUGAUGAGAACUCGGACACGUGUUUGGACAAUUUCAUGGUUUACAGGAACGACGUCCUUUAUAAGAACUUCAAGCAUGACAAUGCAAUGCUUCUGGUGUAAGUAGUGAAAAAUAUGACUGUAUUUACCGAAAUAGCACAUGGUCGAUAUACGCUUCUACACAAGAAAAGUCGAUUGCAGAGAUAGUAGGGAGCUUAAGCAGCGACGUUCAGUUUUUGAGCGACGCACGUCAACCGGAAGUGAGGUAUUUUCCCUCUUAACAUGCCUUGAUGAUAUAAAAUUUGUAUUCCUUAGCUUCUUUACUGGCGAUUUAGGCGAUUUGACUGAAAAUUUGCGCGAAACCACCGUCAAAAAAUGAAAAAAGGCCACUUCCGGUUGACGUGCGUCGCUCAAAAACGUUGUUGCUUAAGCUCCCUAGUAACUCCGUGAUUAACCGCCGUAGCCCAAAUACACUGCAGUUUUUGUUGGUGGUGUUGCAAAUAAUGCCGCGGCAUUUUGCCUAAAUCGGGACGUCUCUUUAGCGCCCGCUGUACUGUACAGUGUAAUAAGCUUUACUUAUAAGGGCAAGAUACGUGGUUGUCAGAGGCAUUGAGUGAAAACCGUUGAUUAAUCAAAGAACGGACCCGAAUAAACUUUAGGCCUGAGCAAAUUCGGCCCACCAAACCUAAACGCCUGGAAUGCUUAAGGGCGCUUUCCAUUUGUCAGAACUGACCGGCCAGUCCAUUCCCAUC